CUAGUAUGUAAUUAAAUUCUAGGUAGAAAAAACCUAACCCGACCGUAAAGUUAAAUGUGGCUCGAUUUAGAGGUGGAAUCUUGUGUACUGCCGCGGCCAUUUCGCCCCCAAAAUCACAGGUUCCCGCCUUCUCUAGCCACCACAGUUUGACUUAGCUACGAAAAUGGCUCGAAUCGGCAAGAAAGAAGGCGGCGCGGCGGCGGACCCCGAGGCGGAGGAGAGAGCAAAGCUGAAGAAGCUGGCCUUCUCCAGAAACAUUUUGUCGCAGAGCCCAGCGAAGGUGGGCCGCCACGCAGCCGCCCUGGCGCCGAACAAGGCGGUGGUCAAGCACCACGGCCGGGAUAUUCUCAGGAAGUCACAGCGGAAGAACAAGUAUCUCUUCUCCUUCCCCGGCCUGCUCUGCCCGAUCUCCGGUGGAAAAAUCGGCGAGCUCAAAGACCUCGGCACCAAAAACCCCAUCCUAUACCUAGAUUUCCCGCAGGGCAAGAUGAAGUUGUUUGGGACGAUUGUUUAUCCCAAGAAUAGGUACUUGACGCUUCAGUUCUCAAGAGGUGGGAAGAAUGUAACAUGUGAUGACUACUUUGACAAUAUGAUAGUAUUUUCAGAUGCUUGGUGGAUUGGAACAAAAGAGGAAAAUCCCGAAGAGUUGCAGCUUCAGUUCCCAAAGGACCUGAUUGUGGAAAAACAUGCUGAUUAUGAUUUCAAGGGGGGUGUAGGGGCUACAUGUGACCGUAAACAACAUUCUGGAAAAUCUGCAGUCAAAUGCUUGGAAGAGGACUCACCAAAAGUCAAUUGGGAAGACGAUGUAACUGAGAGUCCAAGUGAUAACGAAGAGCUAACGGUUGUUACUCCAGCUCGAGAGUCAGCUAGGACUGCAGGAAAAACAUUCAAUUUUGCAGAAGCGUCGUCUGGGGAUGAUUUUAUUGGAAAUGGAGAUGAAACGCCUGAAGAGGAGGGUGAGAAACGACAUACACAUACAGAAAGCUCCUCCCCUGUUGUAUUCGAUAUCAACAACGUGGAUAGUGCUAGUAAAGAUCAAGCUUCAAAACAAGAUAAGCAGUCUUGGAAAGCUAAAGAUCUUCCUGAAAAUGAUCAGAAGUCUCUUGUUCAAACAACAUUAUCUUCACUGUUUAAGAAGGCAGAGGAUAAGAAGACGAAGAAGGAUGUUAUACAGAAGACAAAUGCUUCGGAUGCUUCAAAGCUUACAAAAGGAAGAAAGAAAGUAGAGGAAAGACAAACUGGUACUCUAACUAAGGAGCAGAAGAGACAACAGAAGAAAAUAGAGUUAGCGGACCCUAUUACAGUUUACCAAAGGAAGACAAAAGCCAAAACCUCAGAAGCAUCAUCCUCAAAGAGAAGAAAAGCUAGUGUGGUCUCUACUUCCCAGUCAUCUGAUCCGAAUGACUCCACUCAGGCCUCAGAUGAUGACAUAGAAGAUUUCUCCAGCACAUCGCAGGACAUCGGUGAAAGUGAUGAAGAUUGGACAGCUUGAGAUUAUGAUCUGAUUCGUAUUUGACCACUGGUUUAAUCAAGUAUGAAAUGAAGGGGAUAUUUGGCGAAACAGUUCCAUCCUGUGAGCAAGCUUACGGCUUCAGGCUUGCUGUACAACUCUUAAAUAUCGAGUGUACGAAUUUAAGCGCCCAACAAUGUUUGGUCGAGCAUUAAAAAAUUCUGAGAUUUUAUUCGUAGUAGACCUAAAUCUAUAUCUAUAUAUAUAUAAUUGCUGGCAAGCUUCAAUAAAUUUUAGUCAGCUAGCAAUUAAUAAAAAUAGAACUUCAUUUAAUAAAAAUCU